AUGACCAUGAGCCAGGAACGUGCCCCUGUGGCCAAGAAGACCUGUGGUGUCCUGGGAGCCCAGCCCCUGGAGCCCAGCUGCGACGAGGUGGUCGAGGCGGCCACCCGCUACAUGUGCAAAUACGUGCGGGACCUGGUGGCCUACACCGAGCUGACCAUGGCUUGGGCCGCCGGGCGCCCCAUGCGAGAGAUGGCGAACGCGGAGGUGAGCGUGCCGGUGGGCGACGUGGUGGUGGUGCCGGGCGCGGGCCCCGAGGGCGGCAGCCCCGAGGACGCCAAGACCCAAGUGAUCCUGCAGCUGCAGCCCGUGGCGCAGGGGAUCUACCAGGAGGGCCCGGAGGGCGGCGCGGCCGUGGUGGCCGUCGAGACGCACACCAUCCACAAGCUGGAGGAGGCCAUCGACCCCAGCACCAUUGAAACAAAUGAGGAGAUUGAGAUCGCCUAUCCCAUCACGUGUGGCGAGAGCAAAGCCAUCCUGCUGUGGAAGAAGUUUGUCUGCCCGGGAAUCAAUGUCAAGUGUGUCAAGUUCAAUGACCAGCUGAUCAGCCCGAAGCAUUUUGUUCACCUGGCUGGCAAGUCUACCCUAAAGGACUGGAAGAGAGCCAUUCGUCUCGGAGGAAUCAUGCUAAGGAAGAUGAUGGACUCGGGGCAAAUCGACUUCUACCAGCACGACAAGGUCUGCACCAACACGUGCCGAAGCACCAAGUUCGACCUCCUCAUCAGCAGCGCCCGGGCACCGGUGCCCGGGCAGCAGAGCGUGGUGCAGACCCCGCCAUCCGCGGACGGGAGCAUCACCCAGAUUGCGCUGUCAGAGGAGAGCAUGGAGGAGGGGAUCGAGUGGAACUCGGCUCUGACGGCUGCCGUCACCAUGGCCACUGAGGAAGGCAUGAAAAAGGACACRGAGGAGAUCUCGGAGGACACGCUGAUGUUCUGGAAGGGAAUAGCUGAUGUGGGGCUGAUGGAAGAGGUUGUCUGCAACAUCCAGAAGGAGAUAGAAGAGGUGCUACGAGGUGUUCAGCAGCGGCUGGGCCAGUCUCCUUUCCAGAUGACAGAUGCUGCUGUCUUGAAUAAUGUUGCUCACACGUUUGGCCUAAUGGACACAGUCAAGAAGGUGUUGGACAACAGGAAAAACCAGACCGAGCAAGGAGAAGARCAGUUCCUUUAUGCUCUGGCAGACCUGGAGCGCCAGCUGGAGGAGCAGAAGAAGCUGGCCAGGGAGCAGAAGGCCAAGGCGCAGAGCAUCCAGAAUGUGGUGCUGAUGCCCGUCGGCGCUCCCAAGCCCCCCAAGAGACCCCGGCUGCAGCGCCCGGCCUCUGCCACCGUGCUCAGCCCCUCCGCCCCCGUCCAGCAGCCCCAGUUCACCGUCAUCUCGCCCAUCACCCUGGCGCCCGUCGGGCAGCAGUUCUCUGUGGGCAACAUCCCGGUGGCAACCAUCAGCCAGGGCUCCAGCCCGGUGACUGUGCACACCUUGCCCAGCGGCUCCCAGCUUUUCCGCUACGCCACCGUGGUGUCGUCGGGCAAGAGCGGCGCCUCCGACGCCGUGGCCCUGCACCCGUCGCCCAGCCUGGCGCUGCUCAGCUCGGCGGCCGUGCAGGACGGCGGCGCCCUGGCCAACGUGGCUGCCGUCGUCAACCCCGUGGAACUGGUGGCCAUGGAGUCCGGCCUCGCCUCCACCAUCCAGGCCGUGGAGGGCACCUCGGAUGACGGACAGACCAUCAUAGAGAUCGACCCGGCGCCUGAUCCCGAGGUGGAUCCCGACGGCUCGCAGGGCAAAGCCGUCAUCCUGGAGACGGAGCUGAGGACUGAGGAGAAAGUGGUGGGAGAGGUGGAGGACCAUCAGCACCAGGUCCAUAAUGUGGAGAUUGUCGUCUUGGAGGACUAGCAGGGAAAGGCCAGCGGUGCUUUGGGGAAGAGUUGGGGAUUUCUCUUUUUUGGGCUUUUUUGUUAAGCUUUUUUUAUUUUUUCUCCCAGCCACCCCUUUUGUUUCCAUGGAUAUUUUCACUGUACAGUAUAUAAAUAUAUAUAUAUUAUAUAUAUUUUUUUUUAUAAAAAAAAAAAAAAGAACAAACAAUGGCGGAGAAACCUGGGAGAGGCUCCGUGGAGCACUGAACGAUCCCGGCUGUGCAGAGGCUCCUGCGGCGGCGGGAGGCGCAGGGCGAGCGCCAGGCGCUUCCCGGCCCCUUCCCGGCUCCGUCGCGCUCCCAGGAGCCAGCACCAGCGACUGGAGCGCUGAUGUGGCCAUGGGAGGUGGCUCUGCCGUGGAGCAGCUGCCUCAUCCGUAUCUUUAUUUCCCUCCAGGGAAGGAAAUGCAGUUGGACUCUUUGCUGUCACCUCAGCUGGGAUGUUUUUUAUUAUUAUUAAUAUUAUUAUUAUUGCUUUGGGGAAGAAAACAGUAACUCUGGCUUUACUGUUUGUGUUCUCCUCCACGCAAGUGUUUUUUAUUUAUUUUAUUUUUAUUUUUAUUUUUUUUUGUAUUUGCUCCCUUCCCCUGUCCGGAUUUGCCCCAUGCCAAGGCCUGGCCUUGCUCUYGCUGGCCUUGGGUCCCCCGU